AUGUGUCAAGCCCACGGCACUAAGUGUGUUUUCCCCCGCUCCGAUGAUAGCUAUGGUGGUCGACAGUCUAUUUCGCCCCGGAAAUCUCCAGCCAAUGCGAGGCAGCGACACAUCGCUGGCGACAAUACACUGCAUGCAGGGCAGUCUCCUCAUUCACACUCUGUUUCACAAAUGGAAACGCCUGGGACCACUUUGCCUGAGAUAGAUCGAAACAUUGCUGUUGCCCCAGUGGAUCCUUCUCUCAUGCUGCCUCUUUCGGGAGAUCAGCACAAAGCUGAGGGUUUGACUAACCUCGCGGGUCUUGUCACAGAAGCCGAGGAUAACACCUCUCACAUAGUGAGUCCUGCCGUUGCAGAUGAUAACGAGAUUUUGGAAAGUUAUUUAUCUGCCGUUCCUGUUACACGACGUUGUUUGGUACCAACAAGUCCAUCGUCAAAUCGACCACUGCGACCCGUACGAUUUAACAUUGUUCCCCGACGGCCAUUAGGUAUCACUGCCAAUCAAUCACUUGCAGCAUCAAAAUGUGAAAUCAUUGAGAAAUAUCUUGAACCUGACAUCGAUGAGCAUUUGCAGUUAUUCUUCCGGAAGGCUAAUACUUGCUUUCCAAUAUUUGACGAGAAUUUGUUCAGGAGUGCAUAUAAUUCCCAUAAAGGCAAAAUGUCGUCUGCCUUGCUUUGCAACCUAUAUGCCAACUCUCUUAUUUACUGGAAAGAUUCACACAAAUUGCGUGCAGGGCGCACUCCCGACAUUCGAUUCAUAUGGAACCAAGCCAAUGAAGCAUUGCAAUCGGAACUUUUCUUGUCGCCGGGCAUCUCCACAGUUAUGUCUAUUAUUCUCAAUGUCUGCGGAAGACCAAGUACCUCCAUGUUUGGCAACGGUGGAAUGGUAGGGACAGCUGUUGCGCUAUCUAAUGCACUUGGUCUAAACCGAGACCCAUCGAGCUGGAGCAUAUCACCACUGGAGAAAAGUCUACGAAUGCGAAUAUGGUGGCUAGUUGUUCUGCAUGAUCGGUGGUGCAGUCUGGCAUAUGGAACUCCUUUACAAGUCCAUAGAGCACAAUAUGAUGUGCCAUUGCCAUUGGUGAGCGAUAUAUGCUCAGUAGAUGCCUCAUCGUAUCAUAGGGCAGCAGCUACCAUAUUCAUUGCUCUUCUUAGGUUGACGGAUGUGCUCGCUCGCUAUUUAGAACACGUGUACAGCGUCUCCAAGGACUCGACUUCUGAACUUUCCGCAUUCGAUCUGGAGCAGCUUCUCAGCGAGUGGGAGGAAUCGCUGACUGGUGAUGUCCGUCUUCUUGUUCUACGAGGAACAAAUCUUGAUGGGCCUGGGGCGGCCAACCUCCGACUUGCUUAUCUAGCUGUCAAGCUGCUGCUCCGACGCAUUCAACUUGAUCUCAACAAGAGCCAUGUGCAAGUCGAGAUCACCGGCUUCUCUUUUUAUAUGCAAGCUCAACGUGCGGCCGAAGAUAUCGCUCAUCUGGUGCGAGAAAUGAAUGAGUCACAACUUCGUGGAUUCUGGAUUCCCGUGCAUGCAUUUUCUAUCAAAUCUGCGACGAUGUUUCUUCUUCGAAGUGGUCUGCGAAUUAGAGGCCAAGCUCAUAAUAACCCGCUCGAGACUGCAAAAGACAUGAUUACUGCUCUCCAAGCUCAUCGUCAAGACUUUGAUUGGGAUUUAGCGGAUGAUUGUCUUGCUCAGUGUAGUGAUUUGGUCGAAAAAAUUGUCAUGAACAAUCCGCAAAUCAAUACCGAAAUCCCUAUUGAGGAGUUUCCCCAUUUUUCAGAGUACCUCGAUAUAGAUACAUCUGCAUUAAGUGACCUCUUUGGGGAUGUAAACGGAUUCUCGGAGGGUCUUUGUUUUUGA